CUAGCGCUCGCAUAGGCGUAUUCUGUUCGGCCCAUUCCUGGAUUCUGUUUCCUGCUUCUGCCAAUGCUCACAUGACGUGCACCAGGGAAAUGUGGCCCAUGGGCUGGUUCGAAACAGCACAUGUCGUCGUAAUAGAUGACCCCCCUCGCCGCGACGGGAAAUCUAGUGGAUCAGAGCAGAGCCACACGACAGAUUUUCUAUUCCAUCCCCUUCCUCUACGCACCCGCCUGGGCCGGCGACGGCGCCUCCUCAAAGCUGUUCCGGCGUCGCCUCGAAGCUGUUCUAUCGCCAUGUCUACCAAUGGCCUACAGUUAAACGGGGCCAUUGACGGAGAUGCCGUGUGGAGCUCUCAGGUAAUGCCACUGGAGUCUCAGGAUUCCAUGAGCGCUGUGAAUGUGGAGGCGGUCGCCGCCGGCGAGCCACAGGCCAUGGGAAAGGGGGCCACAUAUGACGUUUGCUCCGAAGCGACCAGCGGGUGGACGCGAAGGUUAGUCAGGGGGCACCAUUUGCAUAACAAUAUUUUCCUCGUCUAUUUGGCUAUUGUUUAUCACGAACAUUGAUUUGUUUUGCCAGACUAUGACUAUAUUGCUUGAUCCGGCGGUUAGUAUGCCUUCCUUGGAUUGUUGUGCAGUAUAGAUGACGGUUGGUUUUUGUUGUGAGAUAUUGAUAUGAGAAAGUAACAUGUAUUUGGUGUCUAAUUAGGGACAUGUGGUGGAAAACUUGUGCAAGCUUAAGUUGGAUCUGUUUUGUUUGGGGAAUUGACUUCGACAGCUACACAAGUUCAUUGGGUUGUAGAUGCGUUAGUCAAUUACCGAUUUAUUGUGGCAUUAUAAUGCGUUGGUUUCGUUUGUCAAGUUGGAACUGUUAUCUCUAGUCUUUUGUUUUUCACACCGAAGGAAGUGGUUAUGGUCGUAGAUGCAUUAGUCAAUUACUGAUUUAUUUGUGCCAUUUUUAAUGAGCUGGAUUCGUUUGUUUGACGCAAUGAUGAUAGCAUUAUAGCUAAAAGAGUUUCAAUUUAUAGGAGUUGGGUCGCUGCAUGAGCCGUGUGAUCUGUUUUGGAUUUUUGUUUCGCUGUUCGUGUGGGAUAAAAAUGUAUCCAUGGCAUAUGUAUGUGGUCUUUUUAUGAUUUUGGAGGUGAAUGAGAUUCUUAGAAUACUGGGAUCUGUAAUAUGUAGUUUGGAUUUAUAUGAUUUGUUUGAGCUAACUUUCUAGGUUUGUUACAUGGAUGGAUGUAGCGAUUAUGCCUGACGUUCUUUAUGUUGAAAUAUUUUGUUUCAAUGGUAAUUGAGCAUUUUCAUCCAUGUUUUUUUUCCACAAAAACACUAUCUGCGGGGUUAGGAUUGGGAAGGCACCUGAGGAGAGGGAGAUGAACGCUGAUAGGAAAACAACACUUGAAUUGUCAGUUCGUGCUUAUGCAGAGACAAAAUCUGGGCCAGUCGUCAAUCCAACAAUUGGCACAUCUUUUGACUUGUUGGAUGAAGCCUAUGAGUUCUACAACCUCUAUUCAUGGGAAUAUGGUUUCGGUGUGAGGCUUGCGAAAAGCAGACUGAAUGUUAACCGGAAGAGAUGUAUGCAAGAAAUAUUGUGUGCUUGUGCGGGAAAACCAAUGAGGGAAAAUAGUUGAUCAUCAAGGUGCGGGUGUGAAGCCAUGAUUAGAUUGCUCUGUUCAAAGGACAACGGUUGGUGCAUAUCAGAGUUCAAAUCUGGCCAUAACCACCCGCUAUUUGUGACAUGUGGAGAAAAAACGCAUUGGAAGUCACACAGGCACAUCGAUAGAUACACAAAGGAUCUGGUGAAACAACUCCGCGAUAAUAAUGUUGGUCUUGGGAAGGUUUUCAGCAUUGUGGGGAGUUUUUUUGGCUCAGUUGAAAAUGUGCCAUUUACAAAGCGUUCAUUGAAGACACUAUGUAGGAAGCUGAACAAGGACCAGUCAGACUCUGACGCUAUGAAAACAAUGGAAAUUCUGGCUUAUAUGAAAGCAAAUGACCCUGACUUCAAUUACACCGUGCAAUUAGAUGAAGACAGCAGGAUAAAAACACUCAUGUGGGUUACAAGUAGGGGGUGUGAUCAGUAUCGGUAUUUCGGUGAUGCAAUUACAUUUGACACAACAUACAGGACCAACCUAUAUGACAUGUCGUUUGGUCUUUUCGUUGGUGUCAACAAUCACUUCCAGAGUAUAAUCUUUGGAGGGGUCAUGAUGAGAGAUGAGAAAGAAGAAUCUUUCAAGUGGGUGUUCCAGGAGUUCAUACGUAUGGUUGGUGGGAAGCAUCCACAAACUAUACUAACAGAUCAAGCACGCUCUAUGGAAAUUGCAAUUAAGGCAGAAAUGCCAAACACAGUACAUCGUUGGUGCAAGUGGCAUGUCCUGAAAAAAGUGAAAGAGUCAAUGGGUGUGCUUUGGAGCAAGAACAGAGAAUUCAAAAUGGAGUUUCACAAGAUUGUACAUCACAUGACCGCGGAGGAGGAAUUUGAGCAAGGGUGGCAGCAGAUGUUGGACAAGUACUCACUCAAGAAACAUCCGUUUCUGACGCAGAUAUACGAAGUCCGCCAUAAAUGGGCUAAACCAUAUUUCAUGGGUGUCUUAUGUGCUAAAAUGACGAGCACACAAAGGAGUGAGAGCGCAAAUCACCUGCUGAAGGGGUACGUGCCUCCAGGAUGUCCAAUGCAUCUGUUCCUCAAGUAGUUUGAGAAGCUUCAAUUUGACCGACAAUCGGAAGAAAGCUUCCAGGAGAAAAGAACAUCACUGGUUAAAAUCUCCAUCGUUCCCCCUACAUUUGUGUUCAUUGAAAACGAGUAUUUAAAAUGUCCUACUUUCUCUGUAAGCCUUCAUACUUGAAAAUGGCUUGACAUCCUAACAUUUGUGAUGUGUGUGUGUUUAUUCCGGUUGCAGAGUGGUGUAUCUCUUAGAUUUAACCUUCCGUUGGAGAGGCAUGCUAGCAAAGUUUACACGAGGGCCAUGUUUGAGAAGUUUGGUGAAGAGUUGUACAAAUGUGGUGCACAUGUACUGGAUGAGAUUGUUCCUAGGAGGAUUUAUAAGUCGACACAUGUUGAAGCAGCGAACAGAGAGAAAUGGAGUAAAGUCCAGUUCAAAAUUGAAGUCAAUGAGGAUGAAAGUUUUUUCAGCUGCGAGUGUGGCAUGUUUGAACAU